CCAUCGGGAUAAUGGUACCAGCCAGCGGAAGUCCCUGGUUCAGUAUCUGCGAGGAGCUGCAGGGAGAAAGUUGGAUACAUUCUUACUGAUAGCAAAGUCUCUUGUUCAACAGACACUGGGAGAUGAGGCGGAGGCAAAAGAGACUUCUUCAGGUGGCCGGCUUAAUCCUCCUAACCAUAGUUUUCCUCCCGAACGUCGGGCUGUGGUCUCUGUACAGGGAGAAGCAGUUAGAGAGCCCAGCUGAAGUGGUGCAGGGUUUACCGAUCAAGCCAAGACAAGAUACUUUCUUCAUCGAAGAUAGAUUGAGGAAGAAAGAUUGGCAUGACCACCAAGCAAUUCGAGCUGAUGCAGCCAAAUCAGGAAUUGGAGAGCAAGGGAAACCUGUCCCAUUGACUGAUGAAGAUCAAAGCAGCCAAGCAUAUCGGGAAAAUGGUUUCAAUAUCUACGUGAGUGAUAAAAUCUCUCUGAAUCGGAGCCUACCUGACAUUCGGCAUCCAAACUGCAAGAACAAACUUUAUUUGGAGAAGCUUCCAAAUACCAGUAUCAUUAUACCAUUCCACAACGAAGGCUGGUCCACGCUCCUUCGAACUGUGCAUAGUGUCUUAAAUCGCUCGCCACCAGAGCUCAUUGCAGAAAUCAUACUUGUCGAUGACUUCAGUGAUAAAGAAUAUUUGAAAAAACGCUUGGAAGAAUAUAUGGCACGAUUUCCAAAGGUCAGGAUUGUACGGGCCAAGAAACGAGAAGGUUUAAUUCGAACACGUCUACUGGGCGCCACAGUGGCAAAAGCAGAGGUCAUAACCUUCUUGGAUUCACACUGUGAAGCAAAUGUGAAUUGGCUGCCCCCAUUGCUUGAUAGAAUUGCUCAGAACCGCAAAACAAUUGUGUGUCCUAUGAUCGAUGUUAUUGACAAUGAUCAUUUUGGAUAUGAGACGCAGGCUGGUGAUGCCAUGCGAGGAGCAUUUGACUGGGAAAUGUAUUAUAAACGUAUUCCAAUACCAGUAGAGCUUCGUAAACCAGAUCCAAGUGACCCUUUUGAAUCACCUGUCAUGGCUGGAGGUUUGUUUGCUGUUGAUAAAAAGUGGUUCUGGACGCUUGGUGGUUAUGAUGCUGGUUUGGAAAUUUGGGGAGGAGAACAGUAUGAGAUAUCAUUCAAGGUAUGGAUGUGUGGUGGGCAGAUGGAAGACAUCCCUUGCUCCAGGGUAGGACACAUCUACAGAAAGCAUGUUCCUUACACGAUUUCAAGUGGAUUUGGCUUGCCCAGAAAUUUGAAACGAGUUGCUGAGGUGUGGAUGGAUGAAUAUGCAGAGUAUCUCUAUCAACGAAGACCAGAGUAUAGACACAUUUCUGCUGGUGAUGUAAAUACACAGAAAGAACUGAGGACUUCCCUUAAUUGCAAAAGCUUUAAGUGGUUCAUGACUGAAGUGGCAUGGGAUUUGCCUAAAUUCUAUCCACCAGUGGAACCUCCAGCUAGUGCCUGGGGUGAGAUUCGUAAUGUUCAUAUUGGAUUGUGUGUGGACAGUAAACAUGGGCCUUCUGGCUCACAGCUGAAAUUAGAUGUUUGUAACAAACAUGGUGCAGAUGGAGCCUGGUCCCACGAGCAGGUCUUUACAUUGGGUUGGCGAGAAGAUAUACGCCCUGGAGAUCCCUUGCACACGAGAAAAGUUUGCUUUGAUGCUGUCUCACAUAAUAGUCCAGUCACAUUAUUUGAUUGUCAUGGAAUGCGUGGAAACCAGCUAUGGAAGUAUAAAAAGGACAAGACUCUAUACCAUCCAGUCAGCAAUAGCUGUUUGGACUGCAGUGCCACGGAUAAAAAUAUUUUUAUGAAUCUCUGUAACCCUUCAUCUCCUACACAACAGUGGUUAUUUGAAAAUAUAAAUACAACAGUUUUGGAAAAAAUGAACAUCAGAAACUUGUAGUGACUUGUAUUUAAAGCAUUGAGAUGUAAUCAUUUUUACUGAGGGUGGUUUUUAAGGGAUGUUUUUAUAGCUAUAUCCAGGGUUUUUUUUAUUAUUAUGGUAUUUUGAAAGGUUUUAUCUCAGGACUGAUCAGGUAUAAGCAGGUGUGUGUUAAUGAUGUCAUCAAGUGCUCUUGCAGUGCACCAGUGCUUGUAUGCUGAAGUAAUAAAACUUGAGCUACUUCUUUAGUGCCUUGACCGGUGAAAGGCAGAGAGUACCCACAUCACUAUGGUUCUUAUAACAUCUGGCCAGUUAGCCAUCUUACUUUUUGCCAAUUCAUUUUCUAAUUUGACUAAAGAAAAAGAAGGAUUUACAUUUGUAUAGCAUUUUUCACAAUCUCUGGAUGUCUCAAAGCGCUUUACAGCCAAUGAAGUACUUGCAAAAUGUAGUCGCGUUUGUCAUGUAGGAAAUUAAAUUAUUUUUAAUCAACUUGUUCAGACAUGUUAUGACAUCCCUUUGGGAUAGGUGAGACUUGAACUUUUAAUCUCGCUAAAUUCCCUGCAAACAAUUAUUUAAGUUAGCUGAUUUAAUUGCACUUUAAGGGGAUCCAAGCAGUGAAAAAUAACAAUUAAAAGUGACUGCAAUGUUUUCCAAACUGGCUAAGUAUCCAUGUUAUAUAAAGCUCUGUUUUCCACAGUGGAGUCUGCUGCUGUUUCAAAGAUCUUUGACAAAAAAGAAAGAAACUACAAUAAUUUAUUUACAAUUUAAUUAGCCUAAUUACUGGAAUUACCUUUAGAAGAAUUCCAUUAAAAUAAAAUGGAACAGCAUAAAAUGUACUCUGCUGCUUCCAUGAUUGCAUAUUUUCUGGUUUUAUAAAUCAAGUAAUGUUUGUAUGUUUCUCAUGUUGACACCAGUAUUACAUUUUACUGUGGGAUUCAGAGUUUACUAGUCUGUCUUAUUUUGCACUUUAAGAUGACACUGUCUACAUGUAACCAACCUUGGUUCGCGUUUAUUAGCAAAGACCUGAUUUAGGAACGUGUAAGGACCUGAAUUCAAGUAACUUUAUGCAACGCCUGUAACAAAAUUUGAAUGCCCUCAGAGAAAUGUUGCUUAAGUCUUUUGUUUGAACUGGUAAUCUUUGAGCAAGAAUUAAGCACUGUUGUUUUUUGUUUACAAAAAAACUUGAUCAGCUAUGGGGAGUAUUUAAAAGUUUGCUCAUUAUUUAUGUCUAUGCAGAAGAUAACCUUCAACCACCGUACAAGAUGAUCAGGUGUUUUCCAGGAUUACAAAGAGGAUAUAAUUAUAGGAAUUACAUGAUUUAUGAGUCAACCAUUUUUUUCCAUAGUGAGUGAUCUUACACAGAAAUAACUUCUUUGAAAUACUUAGUUCACAUAUGAUGGAACUUUUGUCCAAUGAAAAUACAAAUAUACAUAAAUUCAAGCAGAGAAAUGCAUUACCGAGCCCAAUAGGUUCAGACCAGUGUUUACUCUGAACCAAAAUUUGUAACCAUCAUACUUCGUCUUAUUCUAACAACAUGUCCAAAUCUCUUCUCUCAUCUGUACCUAUAUAGCUUCCCCUGAAAUGCAAUUCAACUAAAUGUGUCAACUGUUCCAUGUAUGUUGCAAGUUCUACAUUCUUAGCACUCUUGGCUAAAGACGUUUCUUUUGAAUUCCUUACUGGAUUUUUCAGUUACUGACUUUUAUUAAUGGGCUAGGAGAAAGUGAGGACUGCAGAUGCUGGAGAUCAGAACUGAAAAUGUGUUGCUGGAAAAGCGCA